AUGUUAUAUAGUCAAUAAUUGAAAAAUAAGGCUUAAGCAAUUAUUUCUAAUACAAAUUUAGGAUGGCAACAAACAGGAAUAAUAUGUGAUUGUCUUUAAGAUAGAUAUGAGAUAGAGAUGAAGUAUUCAAAAGCAAUUGAAAAAUUGGCAACAAAAUUGGCUCCACUUAAUGAAUUUUUUAGUGCAUCUUUUGGAAUCAGAGCAUAAUUAUCAUCAUAAUUUGCUGAAGAAAUAAAGGGAGAAAUAGAGUUAAUAAAAUAGUUAUUAGUUUAAUAGAAAGCAACUUAAUACAUAGAAUUUGUAAAGUUAUGGGAUAGCUAAUUAUAAUCAAUUAAGUCAAAUGUAAAAUCAGCUGAAGGAUAUUUAAAGAAUAAAAAAAGAGAAUAUGAAAUUGAAGGUGCAUUAGAACUUGUAUUUUCUGCUUGUUAACCAGAGAAACUUGAAAAAUAAAAAUAUAAGUAUAAUUAGGUUCAAUAUGUUUAGAGCUGCUUAAUGUAAGAAAGAAUAUCUAUUAGCAAAGGAGAACUAUUUAGAAGUAAAAUUAGAAAUGUAACAAAUUUUGAAUGAAUAAGAAGCAGAAACAACAUUAGAUUAAAUCUAAUAAUUAAAUUUAUAGAGACUCAAUACAAUUAAGGAUUGUAUUCUAAAAGUGUUUGUAUAUGAGUCCUCUAUUGCCAAGAAUUAUUUAUAUGAUUUAGAAAAGAUGUCUGAUGUAAUUUAAUAAAUUAUAAUUUAAGAGACUACAUGAUUAAGAUUAAAAUUAAUUUAUUGAGGAAUUCAUUAAAAAGACAAAAUAAUAAGAAACUUAUAAUAUAGAAUUAGAAUCUUUUCUUACUAAAUUACUGGAUAUGUAAGGUUAAUAAUAAAUAAAUACAACUAAUAUUUAUCCUAUUGGACUUGAUAAAACAGAAGAAUAAAUUUAAUAAGAAACAAAAGAAAUAUAAGAGUCAUUAUAAAAAUAAGAAGAAUUUUUAAAUUUCUUAUCAUAAAAGUUUCAUUCAAAUACAUUUUAAUUAACUCAAUAAGAAUUUAUUUAAUGUACAAAUAUUUCUAAUGGAAUUUUGGAUUAUGUAAUUAUAUUAGUUAGUAAAUAAAGUGUUAUGAAAAUAAGAAUGCCAUAUUGGCUUAAUAGUUACUCCAAUAUAGUUUUGGAUUAUUUACUAAAGAUAAUUAAACAAAGUAUAUGUAGAACAUGCUAGUGAAUCAUUAAAUUUGGUAAUAUCGUGAUUAUUGGGAAUCUGUUAUUAUAAAUUAAAUAUCUAAGAUAAAAAAGGGAACAAAAGAAAAUAUCAACUGUAGUAUUUUAAGUAUUCUUACUUAAGUUGCAUAACAUAUGUUAAUGUUCAAACUAUUGCCAGAUUUAGUCAGGGAUAUAGUUUAAAAAUUUUCUUAAUUUUUUAAAUUGAACAAGGAAAUAGCAGAUGAUCUAAUUGUAAAAUAUUAAUUAAUACAAUAUAGUAAGCAAUAAACAGCUAAAUUUGA